AUGAGCGAUUUACAGGCCACCCUCGAGUUCUCCCUCGAGCUUUGCAAAUUCUACAAUGUUGAUCUCUUUCAACGCGGGUACUAUCAAAUCCGAACAGCCCUCAGGGUAUCACCUAAACUGCCAAUUAAAGUGGAAGUCGAUCAACUCCGUAAUCAUAAACGCUCGUUAGAGAACAUGGACCCGCCGGGAACGAGCAAGCGUUUCCAGAUCCUCUACAGGAACGAGGAAGUGACUCUAGGAACAUCCGUGCUCUUCCGCGCUCACGUGCUCGUGCACAGUCACAAGAUCGAAGAGGCUCUCUCCCGGACUCACUUCAAUCUCGGCGUCGAGCUAUGGUUCAGCGAGCCCACCCAGCCGGGGAAUAUGGCAUGUGUGUCAUCAAGGUGA